GAGCCAGACCUAUUACACGGAAGAUGUCCAGCAGAGGUGGAAAGAAGAAGUCGACCAAGACCUCUCGCUCAGCAAAGGCUGGGGUCAUAUUCCCUGUAGGACGAAUGUUACGUUAUAUUAAGAAAGGUCAUCCGAAAUACAGAAUUGGAGUUGGUGCUCCAGUGUAUAUGGCAGCUGUACUUGAAUACCUUACUGCGGAAAUUCUUGAAUUGGCUGGAAAUGCAGCACGAGACAACAAAAAGGGUCGCGUCACUCCUAGACACAUCCUGUUGGCUGUAGCAAAUGAUGAAGAGUUAAAUCAGCUGUUGAAAGGUGUCACCAUAGCUAGUGGUGGUGUUUUACCAAACAUUCACCCAGAGUUGUUGGCAAAGAAGCGAGGAUCAAAAGGAAAACUGGAAGCUAUCAUCACUCCACCCCCAGCUAAAAAAGCAAAAUCUCCUUCACAGAAGAAAACCAUAGCAAAGAAAACAGGUGGCAAGAAAGGAGCAAGAAAAUCAAAGAAACAGGGAGAAGUCAGCAAAUCAGCAAGUGCCGACAGCACAACAGAAGGCACGCCAACAGAUGGCUUCACUGUCCUGUCCACUAAAAGUCUAUUCCUUGGGCAGAAGCUGAACCUUAUUCACAGUGAAAUCAGUAAUUUAGCCGGCUUCGAAGUGGAGGCCAUUAUCAAUCCCACCAAUGCUGACAUUGACCUUAAAGAUGAUCUAGGAAGCACUUUGGAGAAGAAAGGCGGAAAAGAAUUCUUGGAGGCCGUCGUUGAGCUUCGCAAAAAGAAUGGGCCAUUGGACACAGCAGGAGCUGUGGUCAGUGCAGGGCAUGGAUUGCCCGCUAAGUUUGUGAUCCAUUGCAAUAGCCCCAGUUGGGGUGCAGAUAAAUGUGAAGAAUUGCUGGAGAAGACAGUGAAGAACUGCUUAGCUCUGGCAGAUGAGAAGAAACUGAAAUCAAUUGCAUUUCCAUCUAUUGGAAGUGGCAGGAACGGUUUCCCAAAACAGACUGCUGCCCAGCUGAUCCUGAAAGCCAUUUCCAGCUACUUUGUGUCCACAAUGUCAUCUUCAAUCAAGACAGUGUAUUUUGUGCUCUUUGACAGUGAGAGUAUAGGGAUCUAUGUGCAAGAAAUGGCCAAGCUAGAUGCCAACUAAGACUAGGAAGCAAACAACGCCAACCUCCUUGCCCAGCCUCCUCCUCC